AAACGAAAUUCAGCAUUUUCAGCACAAAAUGGCGAAAGAAAACAGCAAUAAGCAGCAACGCAAGUGAAAUAAUCCGAAAAGCGCGAUUAAUAAUGGAAAUACCAGCCAAAAAUAUAGUGUCCGACGAAACAUUCUGCAUCUGGAAAGGGUGUAUUCUGAAUAGUGUUGAAAAUUCGCAACCGAUCGUGCAUUGGAAGUCGCAUAACUGUGGUCCACGAGUUGAUGUUGUUGGUGGUGUUGGUGUGACGGAACAAAAGAAUUCGUGCUUAAGCACUCGAGUUUUCUCGACGUCGUCGAACAACGGGCAGUCCGUUCUACGCGUAAUUAUGCCAAUGUUAUUGAUGCUAAAUUCGAUCACGAUGACUAAGAACGCACGUUUGGACUCUAAUAUCGUGACCGUGACGUCGCACCGCUGGGAAUAAUAGGAGAUUUCCCCAGUGCAUUGCAUCGCAAUCGUUAGUGAAAAUAUUCUGUAUAUAGAAACCCGUUCUGGCGGUGAUACUAAAGAUUCGUAGCAAUAACAGUGUAAAUAUUCACCCCGUACGCAAUGCUGUCCGAACGAAAGCAACCUUACUACCCUUCGUCGGCUGGCGAUAUCAACGGUUCAGUUCCGCCCAUGAAGGAGGUGGCAUUUGAUGAAUGGUCAAAACAUCGACUUCCGCAGCACAACUAUUCCAUUACAGAUGGUAGCGAAAAGCUAGCCGACCUUAAGAUGGGUGCCUCUAAAUCUCCCGCGGUCGCUGUGUUAACGGCACUUAAGGGCACCUUUUUAAAUAUAGUUCACUGGUCAGCUGGUCAACUGUCUGUUCUUAACGGAACGAAACCAGAGGCACACGUAUCGCAAACCAUGGUGGAGAAAGAGGAGCAGGCGAUGAAAGUGACGAACGCUUCAUCGUCGUGCAUUCCUAUAUUCGAAACGACCAGUAAUGGAAAGGGUCAACUUACGGUGCCAUUGGACUACAGUAGCACGGUCGACGAUAUUUCCAUGACCCCAGCUGGUGUGUAUUUCGAGGAAAUAGCGCAUAGCGAUCGAAACGCGUCACGCCCUGGGCGGCGAAAGCGAAGGAAAGACACAUCCAAAAGCAUCCAGUACGUACAUGCAGGAAGCGAGGGCGGCAGUAGCAAAGGUUGUGGCAAAAAUCGAAAAGAUAAGAAACGACACGCGCUGCGUAGAGACAUUUUGAGCGAUAAUCUAGCCUUAUCUAUGGACGAUAGCAGCUAUGGCUACGAUUUCCGGGAAGCUGUGUACAGCAAUCCUGUGAUGGAAACACACUCGCUGCCCCAACGAUGUUUGUCGUCGAGCUUCAGCCCGUCAUCGAAUGGAAGUCUUGGAAGCUUUCACGAUGCACUGCAAGACAUCGUUCCAACCGAUAAUAUGCACCUUCAUGCGUCUUCCGACAGUAUGAACGCAGCACCUGCGUUGUCGGUCAACGGGUGGCACCAAAACGUCCCUGCCAAACAAGCGCUUACUGUUGCGCCCGAUUCGGUGGACAGGAUCGGCGAACAAAGCAAACUAAAAUGUGAUAUCGAACCUAGCAACCAUAAUGAAUAUGUAGUGUUUAGCGAGUACGACGUGUUUACUACACCAUCUGCCAGCCCUGCGCGACGACGUCCUCCUCGUCGUAAUUUUUGUCCAGCUUUUAGUUAUGUUUGGCACCACCAGCAUUCAGACGAUAGCCAAGAGGAAAAUGAUGACGAGGAGGAAGACGGCAAGAGUGAUUACACGAGCGAGGACAUUUCGGAUGACGAGGGUACGGAUGGCGCAGAUGGGCUUGAAUAUGACGAUGAUGAUGACGAUAGUAUCGUUUUCUGCGAAGAUUAUGACGCCCUGAACGAUGAUUCCAACUCUUCGUCCGGAUUCGAGGAGAAGAAGGUUCGGUUCAACUCAAAACCGGUGGUGCACGUUAUGAGAGCAUGGGACUUUGCCUACCGCCAAGCACGCAAAGGGGAAUGGGAGAUGGCAGCCAGAGAUAGAGAGCGAUUCCGGAAGCGCAUCGCCGAACUAGAACCUUUGCUAUGUCCAGCACUACAGCCAGCGUUACGUGAUAAAAUUUACUCCGAACGGUUCAGCGGGGAGGAAAGUACGCGCAAGAUCUUAAACUGAAAGUGAAAGAAACCCAAGAGGAGUCCCGUUACUAGAGUUACAUGUGUGUGCUAGUUUGUUUUUGUUUGCUUUUGGCAUCUUUACACAUCUGCCCUGUACAGACGGUUACUCCCCCACACAACUGCACAUGCGCUUUCUAAGGGUAGCCCAUAAGUAAAGUUUCUGCAUUAUAUUUAUACGGUAAAAACAG